AGUGUGAUCUACUCGUCGAGGUGGUCGUUUUGAUAUAUACUACUCCUAUUUUCGGCGACAUUUCCGGUACACCAAUUUUUACUGCCACCGAUUGUUAAUGUGCACCGCUUAGGUGAGGUUUCGAAAUCCCAAAUUUUUAAAUAUAGUCAUAUUAUAUGUUGUUGGACUCGGUUUUGAAUGUAGAAUGCGAUGAUGAUAAUUAUUUAACCAUUUGAUGGUAUAGGUGAGAGUAAUAUGUAAGUUUGGACUAAAUAAUUGGAGCUCGGGACUUGAGAGCUUAAGAUCGUCUUUUGGAAAAAAAAUUUAACGACUCGGGAGAGGUAGGGACUUAACUUGAUUUUUGGACUUGAUUUUUAUAUGCGUUGUAUAACAUUAGACAUAUUCCAAUUUUUAUGAUUUACAAAAUUGUUUGAAAAAUUAAAAACUUAAUCUGCAUAUUUUCUGGACUGUUCUGGGGCACUGAGUGCCAAAUAUAUUUUUGUGUGCAAAUAUUUAUGCAGGUUAUGAUUUUGGGGUUUAUUCAAAAUACAGCUGUUAUGCUGCCGAAUUUUCUAGAAAAUAAAAAGGAAUAUGUUCUUUUGUUAUCCUUAUUAUUUGCUGCUUUGGUUAUAUUGAUGAGAGCCAUGUUGAUCAUGUUCGAUGCAUAUUGUUGUUUCACGACCUAGUCUCUGUGUCAUCAUAGGUAGAUCAGGUGUGCACUCACCUGUAGGUGAAAGACCUAGAAUCUGUACAGGAAGUGAAUUAAAUCUGAGCCCCGAUAUUUAUGGUGGAUAUCAGAUGCGACUACCUGGUUUUGGAUGUCGUUUUCUAUGAUUUGGUAUUGAGAGCUAGGGGUCUAGUGGACGGUGUGAUAUGCAUUUGACGUUUGAUUUGUGAUUAUUUGUGGUCUCUCUAUUUUAUUUGUACAUAUUCAUAUUGUUGAUGAGACAUUUUAUUUUUAUAAAGCUAACCAUGCAGGAAUUUUAUUAAACCAAGGGUCCUUUGAUAUUAGUUGUUUUCCUACUGGGCUUCAUAAGCUCACCCGCUAUUUUCUCCCAUUCCGGGAACUCAGUUUGAUGCUAGUGGAUGAGGAUGGUACCGUUGGGAAAGGAAUGUCGUUAUUAGUUUAGUCAUAUUUUACCCUUUCACCUUCUAAUGAGACUGAUUUUGUAUUUAAGAACAAAUGGAUGGUCUGGAUGACUUAAAUUAGCUAUGUACUAGUUAGAAAUGGGAAGUGAUGGAUGCUAGGUAUUAUUUUGGUAUUUUAUUGACUUAUUAAAGCUAUCUAUUUGGUGAUUACAUAACUGUGGGGAUAUUACUGUUAUUUUAUAUUGAUGAGUGAUCCUGAUUUUAUUACUAAUAUUUUCUUAUUAAUAUAGGAGAUAAUCCAUAUCUUUUAAAUUAGUAUUUUGUAAUAUAAAUAAAAGGAUCAUUUAUAAGCUUUAUUUUCCUACAAGGGUCAAAGCGUGACCUUUGACCACCCAAGUUAUGGAUAUUACACAUCUGCCACAGCCUAGGGCUCGGGUCGUGAUAGAAAAAUGGUAUCAGAGCACUGGGUUUAAUUACCUCGGAGUGUGUCACCAAAUAGUUUAGAAUUAUUUUAAAUAAUAAUAGUAAUAAAUAUCUUGGUAUUUAUAUGUAUAAGGCAUAUUUAUAUUAUUAGCAUCCAAUCCUCACUAACUGAUUAGCUUUUGGUUCUCAGACCUAAGAAAAUACCUCCAAAAGGAAAGAAGACAAGGAGAACGGUUGGAGAAGACGCCCCUCAAGCUAAUGUCCAACCUCCACAAGCUGAAUUCCCUAUGAACGCCCUUCUCGAAGCCUUAAGAGCUAUUCCCGCUCAAAAAAUGGAUCCUGCCGCUCGACAAAGUCAUCAUUUUCAGAUCUUUCAUCGGAUUCAAGUGCCUGAGUUUGAGGGUGGACAAGACCCUAUGGUAGCUGAAAGGUGGUUGAGGCAGAUAAAGAAAAAUUUCAACACAAUAGGAACACCUGAGGAAUAUCAAGUUACUUUUGCUGUGUCCAAGUUAGAGGGUGGUGCAUCAGAUUGGUGGGAGACCUUGUCCAGGACAAUGGAAACUGAUGGGAUGACUUGGCGAGAAUUUGAGGAAGUUUUCAGGGAACAAUAUUUUAGUCCAUCUCACAGGAGGGCUCUUAUUGGAGUAUUUGAUGGUCUAAGACAAGGGGAUAUGACUGUGAAUGAAUUUUACAUGAAGUUUGUAGAGCUAUCCUCUUAUGCAUAUCCUGGUGUUGUUGAUCAACCCUUGGUGAUUGAACAGUUCAUGUGUCGUUUGAGGCCUGCGAUACGUGGUCCUAUAGCCCCUUUGACCUUUAACAACCUGACUGAGUGUGUGACAGCAGCCUUGCCAACUGAGGCUCAUGUAGAAGGGAAUGAGAAGAAGAACACAAGCAGAGGAAGAGGAAAUGAAAGAAAGAUGACCAAGAAGAAUCAAGGACAGUGGUCCCAAGGACAACAAUUUAGUGGGGGUAGCACUAGUAGUGGUUCAUCUGGAAAGACUCGUAGUGGACCAUACGGGUGUUUCAGUUGUGGUCAACAAGGUCAUAAGAAGAAAGAUUGCCCGCAACGACAACAAAGAUUUCAAGCAUCUCAUGGAGGACCCAUAGGGAGCUAUGUAGAGUUUACUCCUUUUCAUGGACAGCCCAGGACAAACCAGUCUCAGUCUUCAUCCUAUGGUUUCACACCCCAAUCGGGCCAGCAGUCUCAGUAUCAACAUCAGUUCAGGCCACAAGGUUCAGGGUUCAACAUGGGGUACUCACAAGGUUUCCAAACUCCUGCUCCUAGUGGGAGUCAAAGAGGGUACAAUCAAGGUGGAGGGUCUGGUGCAAGUACAAGCUAUCCUAGUCAGGGAAGGGGAAAGGCAAAAGCAAAGUCAUCCGCUCAAGCCUACGCUCUUGGGGUUGAUGAUGUACAGGGCGGUGCUGACCAGGGAGUUGUUGAUGGUAUGGUUCUUAUCUCACACUCUUGGGCUCAUGUGUUAUUUGAUACUGGUGCAUCGCAUUCCUUUAUAUCUUUGAUGUUUGUUAGUAUGUUGGGUUUGAGUUGGGAAACUUUUAGUCCUGCAUUGCAUUUGAGUGUACCUAUGGGGGGACAUGGUGAGGUAUCCACCAUAUGUAGGUCAGUUUGUAUUGUGUUCGAGGGACACAAGUUGUCUGGAAACUUACUAGUGUUGCAUAUGGGGAAAUUUGAUGUAAUUCUUGGUAUGGAUUGGUUGUCUAAAUACCAAGCUAUUGUGGAUUGUUCACGUAAAAGAGUGACUCUUUUAACCCCUAGUGGUGAUUUCAUUGUUUAUCGAGCCAACAUGAGUGCAGUGAGACAAAAUCCCAUCUUAAGGGCAUGUUUAGGUGGAAAGAGAAACUUAAAGUGUUAUGGGAAUCUGUUUGCGAUCGAUGAUGAGUCUAGGGAUUUAGACCAGUUCCCUUGGAUAUCAGUGGUUAGUGGUUUUCCGGAUGUGUUUCCAGAGGAUUUACCAGGGUUACCACCUGAUAGGGACAUCGAGUUUUGCAUUUAUUUGAUUCCCGGAGCUCAACCAGUUUCUAUUGCACCUUAUCGCAUGGCACCUGCAGAGUUGGUUGAAUUGAAAAAACAAUUAGGGGAGUUAAUGGACAAGGGCUACAUCAGACAUAGUACUUCUCCAUGGGGAGCUCCAGUCUUGUUUGCCAAGAAAGCUGAUGGGACUUUGCGACUUUGUGUCGACUAUAGAAAGCUGAAUCAGAUGACAAUUAAAAACAAAUAUCCUCUACCUAGGAUUGAUGAAUUAUUUGAUCAACUUGGUGGUUCAAAGUUCUUUUCAAAGAUUGAUUUGAGGUCAGGCUACCAUCAAUUGAGGAUUAGGGAAGAAGAUAUCCCUAAGACUGCUUUCAGGACACGGUAUGGACACUUUGAGUUUUUGGUAAUGCCAUUUGGGUUAACGAAUGCACCUGCUGCAUUUAUGGAUCUUAUGAAUAGAGCCUUUAGACCUUUCUUAGAUAAGUUUGUGGUGGUAUUCAUUGAUGAUAUCUUGGUGUAUUCUAAGACACGCGAGGAUCAUGUUGAACACUUGACAAUAGUAUUACAGACAUUGAGAGAUCAUCAAUUAUACGCUAAGAGAGAGAAGUGUGAAUUUUGGAUGACUGAAGUCAAGUUCUUGGGCCAUGUAAUUUCUCAAGAUGGUAUCACCGUUGAUCCUGCAAAGAUAGACUCUAUUCUAUAG